CGGAAGAGCUUCUUUUAUUUUCCUCCUGACACGUAUCAGCUGGAACCGGAGCCUGGAGGGGUACUUAACAGCACUUGUUUCUUGUCAAAAGAAGUGCCCCCUGAACGAGGCCUUAUUUGGGGACUGUCUUAAAGUAAAAUAGCAGGCAUUUGAAAUGUCAGGCUUUGACAGCUUCAACACGGACUUCUACCAGACAAGUUACAGUGUUGAUGAUCAAGGGCAGGCUGCAUAUGGCUACAGUAAUACACCAGACCCGUACAGCAAGCCAUAUGGAAGCUAUGACUACUCCCAGCAGGCUGCAUAUGGGAGCCAGGCUCCAGGCAUGAUGCAGCCCCAGCAGCCUUACACGGGACAGAUCUUCCAGCCCACGCCGGCCUUCACCCCAGCCCCCACACAGUCUGCGUACGGCAGCAGCUUCGAGGACGAGCCCCCGCUGCUGGAGGAGUUGGGGAUCAACUUUGACCACAUCUGGCAGAAGACCUUGACGGUGCUCCACCCAAUGAAAGCAGCAGAUGGCAGUAUUAUGAAUGAGACGGACAUGGCCGGCCCCAUGGUCUUCUGCUUGGCUUUUGGAGCCACUCUCCUGCUGGCGGGUAAGAUCCAGUUCGGCUACGUGUACGGCAUCAGCGCCAUCGGCUGCCUGGGGGUGUACUGCCUGCUGAACCUCAUGAGCAUGACGGGCGUGUCCUUCGGCUGCGUGGCCAGUGUUCUGGGCUACUGCCUGCUUCCCAUGAUCCUCCUGUCCAGUAUCGGCGUGCUCUUCUCCCUGCAAGGAAUGAUGGGAAUCGUCAUCACCGCAGGGAUUAUUGGCUGGUGCAGUUUCUCCGCCUCCAAAAUCUUCAUCUCGGCUCUGGCGAUGGACGGACAGCAGCUGCUAGUGGCCUAUCCCUGUGCACUCUUAUACGGGGUGUUUGCUUUGAUCUCCAUUUUCUGAACUACAAGUCCAGGCUUUCAACCAACAGAUCAAAACCGGUAGACAUAUACGUAUAGGACAAGUAAGCAAUGUGCACACAUCAAAGAAUGCCACCAGGUGAAGUGUCCUGCACAUUCCACUGUUACCUUUAGGGUGGGUAUCAGCAAGUGUAACUACAAGAAUAGUUCAGUGCAUUUCUCCAGGACCUUUUGAUUCUCAUACAGCACCUGUAUGUUUUCUUCCAUGUGCAAUACAUAUGUGAGUGUACAGUGUCUUUUUUUGCUUUAUUCAUGAGACUGGUUAAUGUGGAAAUCCUAGUGUUUGUUAUGGGAAUUCUUAGCCAAAAACACGUGGCUUUGUCAUUCUUAUCACCAGUACAGAAUCAAAAGAAAGCUAUAUUGUGCAAACUCGAAAUACACACUCAUCAAAUGAGAUGGCUCUGUGCCCUGUCCUGACAGCUGGGUUAGAUUCAUUUACCAUCAUUUCCAUAAUCUGUACACAGAUGAUGCGUCUGAGUUUUAGUUUUGUUUUCUUUUGGUUUCUUUCAUUUUUUGUUCUUUGUUUUUUUUUUUUGAAUUGGACAUGUUCUUUGCGCCUUUUUCCAGUAUUUAAUUGUUCACUCAGUAGCAGUGGUUUGCAAGAUAAGUGGCCUAUUUAAGAGGUUCUUUGUAAAUUCAGCACUGUGGUAACACUGAACUGAGGCCUACGCAAAGAAGCAGAGAACAGCUGAGCUUCUCACAAUCUUGCAAUGUCUGCACAGUGGAACACGCUGGCAACUGUCAGGUACAAACCCGCCCUCGAAAACCAUACGGGCCUCUUGUAUUGGGUAAAAGCGACUGAGUGUGGCCCGCACUGUGAUGUUGGGACAAGCAUUUUGUUUAUUUAAUGAGGUGCAAGGCACUCACCAUAGGCACUUGAUUGUGCACCUUGAUUGUGCUCCUUGAUUGUGCACCGUGUCCUCACCUCCAUCACAGUUACUGUCGUGCUCACUGUAAGAAAUUGUUGGAUAACAUUUGCUUUCUUGAAGAUCAACAAAGAUGUGACUAUAGAAACCAUAGCACAGUCAAGUCGCGGUCAUGGAGAGUUCAUUGAAGGACCGUUUUAAGAUGUAUGCACAUUGAACUGUUUGGAUGGUAAUAGUUUUUUUUUUUUUUUUUACUGUAUCAUUUGUUUAGUGUUUUAUACAUUUCACCUGUGGAUGAGACUGUUUACAAGUGCAGCAGAUAGUUUCAGCCCACUAAAUAUUGCACAAAUACUCCAGAACUUUUUUUAUGGAUGCAGUUUUGCC